AUGCUGUUUCAAAUCGUUUUAUUCAGUCUAUUACUGAUGUCUUACACGUCAAUAAUGACAUCAGCAGGUCUGCUGCAAUGUCGAUGCUGCCAAUAUAGUGGUGCGCUACAGUCCAACGCUUUAGGAACAUGCCGAUGUGUUCCUGAAAACGUCGGAUCACCGUUUCGGUACGAUGGCUCAACUGUUCGGCCCUAUGCCCAAGUAUGUCGCUUGAAAUAUCGUCCAUACUAUGACCCUUUCAAACCAAAUUUAUGUUGUCAAUUAUUCUUGGUUUAA